UCAAGGACGUGUUUGCUACAGGACUUGAAACAUUGGACACUGAAGUGUUGAUGUAUCGGUGGCGCAAGCUGUGGAUUGUGUGAUGUUUUACAGUGGCCGUCACCUGAUCUUUUUUGACGGAAAAAAUAGGUAUUAUUAUGGUUCAGUGGUUAUUUGUCUCAGGGAAUUCAAUAUAGACAUUGAUUUGAGUCAUUCACACGAUUUGAAGAAGGAACUCGAAGUUCGACUGACGAAUGAUGAUGACCUUUGCUUUCUCUAUUAUUCGCGAAUAAACGUAGAUGAAUUUUCAAAGUUAGGACCAACUAAAUCAAAUUCUAAUGUGGUUUUCAGAAUUAAGCAGCAGCAAGGCUUGCUAGUGAACUUCAGCGAUUUUGAGCAGAAGGUGGUUGAACUACUUAACGUUUGCUCUCAGGACGAAUCUACGGAAAAUCCCAAGUUAGUUCGAUGGGUUUCCCUCUAACCCCUAGGUAUGGUGUUCGAUUCUCAAAAAACAGUGAGGAAACAAAUUCUGGCGUUCUGCAGAUCGUUGAAGCCACUAACUUUAAAUAUCUUCAUCACUUAAGCCUAAACCUUCGCGCAGCUGAUGAUGAAAAACUCAAGGUGUAUCUUGUUGGCUGUAUAAAAAAACACAAGAGCGAAAGUAUUGCCCAAAUUCAUCAACUCAACCAAUCACUGACAGAGCUUACUUCUUCCCUUAGGUCUGCAGAAGAGGCCAAGAGGUCCAUAUUAGAUGAUUUUGAAAAGUAUAAGGAAUGUUGCUCAAAUAAGGAAGCUAAUAUACUGGCUAAGCAUGAUUUGGCUAUUAAAGAAAUGGAGUCUAAUCACGCAGAAGUGAGAUCAAAACUGGAAGUGCUGCUAUCGAAGGAAAAAGAUAUGGCACGUCAGAUGCAAGAAGAGUUGCGAAGGGACUUCGAGAGUCGUUUGGAUUUGGCUUUGAGUAAUAAUAAGAAUCUACGUGAUCAUCAAUCUGUUCUCCAGACAAGUUUGGAGGAAUUACAAGAAAAGCUAAAAUUAUUAGAAACAGAAAAUGCUUCCCUUAAUAAGGAGCUCAAAGAUUUACGUUCUCAGUUAGAUGCGGCCAAGCGAACUUAUGAUGUACAGGCUGAAAUGGUUAAUCAGCUGCAGUCUAACAUUUCUGUAUUAGAACAAGAUGUAGCUUCCAAAGACAAACAAUUGGUGGAAUUAAAGAAUUCGCUUACUAAAGAAGAAGAACAAAAGUCACAUGCUCUUGAGCAGUCGGAGCAGCAAUCUCGUAAUAUCCAGAGUUUGGAAAAGAUGCUAUCGUCAAAUACAGAAGAAAUCAACAAAUCCAAUGAAAUCAUCAAACGUUUACAAAACGAGGUUAAGAGUUUCCAAACAAAAGCUAAACUACGAGGUCAAGUAGCAGCUGAACAGGAACGUUUGCUUGUCUCUAAAGACUCUGAAAUUCAGAAAUUAAACGUUGAGUUAGAAGGUGUAAAAUCAGAACUUUCAGAUGUCACAAAACGCAAUGCUCACAUCGUUGAAGAGCACAGACAGGUUGUCCAAAAUUUGACAGAAGCUCAAAAAACAAUCAAAUCGAAUGAAGCAAUUAUUGCCUGGUUAAACCGUCAAAUUGCUGAAAACGAUUUGGGUUAUGUACAAAGUCGUCUAAAGUCGUCAAUAUUUCCAGUUAUAAGCGAACCUAAUACAUCAAAUGUAUCUUCAACUGUCACUUCAGCAAAUGCAAUGGUUGCUUCUUCAGGAAACGAGGGGUACUUAGCAUGUAAAGGUACACAUAUAUCAAAUAUACCACAAAUAAAGCCUCAACUCUCCGUUAUGACACAAUCAGUCACACAUACAUCUCCCAUUAUGGUAUCAUCGCUGAACACAAAUAUCGUAACGUCAGCUGAAAAGAAAUAUUCCGAAGUAACCGCUAAUUCGUGUGUCAAAAACCUUUCGUGUAGAAUGAAUGAUAUGAAUUACCUGACCUGUGGUUUGAAUCCUCCGUCAACAGCUAAAAGUCAUACAAAUCCUAGGACAGCCGGUGAUUUCUCAGACCCGACUUCUACCUCCGUUAGACCUUCUGAACUGGCAAACUGUAUUAAUAAAUCUCAAAAUGUCGAAAAAGAGGCAUCGAGCAAAUAUUCCUGUACAGAUUAUGGAGAUAUUCAUCAACAGUCGCUUGCGUCUGCCUAUUUCCCUCAAACAUUUUCAUGAGUCAAUACUCAUUCUAAAAUGAAACAUAAGAUAUUUGAACUAUCAGACAUUUCUAUAGAGUGAAUUAUUUAAAUUUUUAGAAAUGUAAUUGUAUACUGAUUAAAUGCAGUUGCAUAUAAUUGUAUUUAAAAUAUUAAUCAUUGCAUUUGUUCUUUUGGUACUAUUCAACCUACGUUUUUGUUGAUGUCUUCUAUUUUUGGUAAAGUUAAAAUUAAUCUUCCUGUAAGCCAGUUAAUAAACAUAAACAAUUUAAAAUGGAUUCUGCUAUUCUUACUUAAGGUAUGUUUUCUCUUGUCUGUAAACAUAAAAACACGAAACAGGCCAAAAUGGUCGGAUUCUGAAAGAUCAGAAACAGUUAGACGAGACAAUGCACAACACGUUUGCUUCGUGACUUAUCAUCAUAUGCAGAAC